CCGAACCCUCCCAGUUAGCGAUCACUAUUUAAACGGGCUGACGCAAGGACUUUUAAUAUCAAAACCUAUAUCCGAUUCACAAGUUACGGACACGUUAUAUCACCGCAGAUUUUGGACCUAAUACAGUGUCUAAAACAUACCACCACCACCACCAGAAGGGGAUUGCAGUCCAACUUGUGACGGUGGCGUAUGGUAGCUGGGUCUGACAUGAUGCCCGGUCAGAUCCCUGACCCUUCCCUGACGGCCGGCUCCUUGCCCAGCCUGGGCCUACUGGCCGGCAUAUCUGCCACCACGCUCACCGACCAGCUCAAACUGGCACAGGACUUCAGGAACCUGGGUGCCAUGUUGUCACCGCUGCAUAUCCUGGGACGGCUGGGCAAGAGGCCGCUCACUGCUAUCAAGGGAGAGAUGGACGAGGACGAUGAGAGGAGGAGACGGAGGAGAGAUAAGAACAAAGUGGCAGCAGCACGAUGUCGGAACAAGAAGAAGGAGAGAACAGACUUCCUCCAAAGGGAGUCGGAGCGUCUGGAGGUGGUGAACUCCGACCUAAAGGCCCAAAUCGAAGAGCUGAGGAUGGAGAGACAGCAGCUAAUGGUGAUGCUCAACCUCCACCGCCCCACCUGCAUCGUCCGCACCGACAGCGUCAAGACCCCUGAGAGCGAGGCCAACCCCCUGCUCGAACUCCUGGCCGCCGAAAAGCUGGAGGCCUCUAAGUGAAACCACGGAGGAAAAGUGAAACAGAAGGGCGGGGACGAAGGAAGGAAUCCGACCGGAAGAAAAGCAACUGUCAUCAAAGAUGACGAAAGAUUUUUAAAAAUCAGCUGAUGCUUUUGUUGUUGAAGCACUUAAUGUACUGUGUGUUGAGCGCCAAGCUGGAGACUCGAGUCUGCCUUCGCCCAAAAGACCCCGGGGUUGUUAGGGUUCCGUUGCCUCGGUAACACCUCGGUAACGUUACCCGAUUGGGUUCCGAGGGAAGAGGGAGGAGCCUAAAUGCCCAACCCAGUUAUCUCUGCGUCAUAAUAAGUCUUUUUGUUUUUGAAACCAAGUCAGUGCCACACCGUUUACUUACUGCAACCAACCACCAUUACAAUAAGGGACAGAUGGAAGAAGAUAUAUUGUGAUAUAUUUAUAUAUCAGAUGGAAGAAGAUAUAUUGUGAUAUAUUUAUAUAUCAGAUGGAAGAAGAUAUAUUGUGAUAUAUUUAUAUAUCAGAUGGAAGAAGAUAUAUUGUGAUAUAUUUAUAUAUCAGAUGGAAGAAGAUAUAUUUUGAUAUAUUUAUAGAUAGUGGAAACUAUCGUUUCGGGAAGGGGAAACACUAAGAUCAAUCACUAUGGUGCUCUGUUACCGGCACUUACCGACUCUGAGACAAACAAAGGUUGUUGUUGUUGUGAUAUUCUAAACAUGUAUAACUGUAGAGGCACACAGGUGUAGCCAGCUAGUAUACUGUAUACCAUUUUGAAAUACACAGGUGUAUCCAGCCAGUAUACUGUAUACCACGUUGAAAUACACAGGUGUAUCCAGCCAGUAUACUGUAUACCACGUUGAAAUACACAGGUGUAUCCAGCCAGUAUACCAUGUUGAAAUACACAGGUGUAUCCAGCCAGUAUACUGUAUACCAUGUUGAAAUACACAGGUGUAUCCAGCCAGUAUACCACGUUGAAAUACACAGGUGUAGCCAGCCAGUAUACUGUAUACCACGUUGAAAUACACAGGUGUAUCCAGCCAGUAUACUGUAUACCAUGUUGAAAUACACAGGUGUAUCCAGCCAGUAUACUGUAUACCAUGUUGAAAUACACAGGUGUAGCCAGCCAGUAUACUGUAUACCACGUUGAAAUACACAGGUGUAUCCAGUCAGUAUACUGUAUACCAUGUUGAAAUACACAGGUGUGGCCAGCCAGUAUACCAUGUUGAAAUACACAGGUGUAGCCAGCCAGUAUACCAUGUUGAAAUACACAGGUGUAUCCAGCCAGUAUACCAUGUUGAAAUACACAGGUGUAGCCAGCUAGUAUACUGUAUACCACGUUGAAAUACACAGGUGUAUCCAGCCAGUAUACUGUAUACCAUGUUGAAAUACACAGGUGUAUCCAGCCAGUAUACUGUAUACCAUGUUGAAAUACACAGGUGUAUCCAGCCAGUAUACCAUGUUGAAAUACACAGGUGUAUCCAGCCAGUAUACUGUAUACCACGUUGAAAUACACAGGUGUAUCCAGCCAGUAUACCACGUUGAAAUACACAGGUGUAUCCAGCCAGUAUAGUGUAUACCACGUUGAAAUACACAGGUGUAUCCAGCCAGUGUACUGUAUACCACGUUGAAAUACACAGGUGUAUCCAGCCAGUAUACCACGUUGAAAUACACAGGUGUAGCCAGCCAGUAUACCAUGUUGAAAUACACAGGUGUAGCCAGCCAGUAUACCAUGUUGAAAUACACAGGUGUAUCCAGCCAGUAUACUGUAUACCACGUUGAAAUACACAGGUGUAUCCAGCCAGUAUACUGUAUACUAUGUUGAAAUACACAGGUGUAUCCAGCCAGUAUACCACGUUGAAAUACACAGGUGUAUCCAGCCAGUAUACCACGUUGAAAUACACAGGUGUAUCCAGCCAGUAUACCAUGUUGAAAUACACAGGUGUAUCCAGCCAGUAUACUGUAUACCAUGUUGAAAUACACAGGUGUAUCCAGCCAGUAUACUGUAUACCAUGUUGAAAUACACAGGUGUAUCCAGCCAGUAUACUGUAUACCACGUUGAAAUACACAGGUGUAUCCAGCCAGUAUACUGUAUACCACGUUGAAAUACACAGGUGUGCCCAGCCAGUGUACCACGUUGAAAUACACAGGUGUAGCCAGCCAGUGUACCACGUUGAAAUACACAGGUGUAUCCAGCCAGUAUACCACGUUGAAAUACACAGGUGUAGCCAGCCAGUAUACUGUAUACCACGUUGAAAUACACAGGUGUAUCCAGCCAGUAUACCGUAUACUAUGUUGAAAUACACAGGCGUAUCCAGCCAGUAUACCAUGUUGAAAUACACAGGCGUAUCCAGCCAGUAUACCACGUUGAAAUACACAGGUGUAUCCAGCCAGUAUACCAUGUUGAAAUACACAGGUGUAUCCAGCCAGUAUACCAUGUUGAAAUACACAGGUGUAUCCAGCCAGUAUACCAUGUUGAAAUACACAGGUGUAUCCAGCCAGUAUACCAUGUUGAAAUACACAGGUGUAUCCAGCCAGUAUACCAUGUUGAAAUACACAGGUGUAUCCAGCCAGUAUACCAUGUUGAAAUACACAGGUGUAUCCAGCCAGUAUACUGUAUAC